UCCAAAAGACGGAGCACUGUUCCACACGAGCACGCUUCAUUUCUCAGCUUCUUAAAAAAUUUAUCAUUUUUUAUAUAUAAAUAAAUACUUUCUUCUCUCCUACUUCCAUGGCUGUCUACUCUUCCACGCCCUUCGCUGCUCUCGUUCUCACCGGGCAAAGAGCCAGUGGUUCGCCGGACACUAGCUGACUGCCCCCUUACCCUUAUCGGCUUCAAGCUCACUGAACCCCAUCCGCCGCCACCUAUCCAGUGGGAGCUGGAGCUGGAGCUGGAGCUGAAGCUGUAAAGGUUCUAUUUUUGGGGUAAUAACGGUGGCGGCUCCGAUCCUCUGGUCUAAGAUGCGGCGGUGCUUGCAAUAGCGGUGAUGAUGAAAUCCCCUGCGACGGCUGCGGCGGCCGCGGCGGCCACAGCAACGGCGGCGGCGAAUCCUGGUGGCGAUGGUGGGGAGAGGAAGACGAUAAACCCGGAGUUGUGGCACGCCUGUGCGGGGCCGCUGGUGACGCUUCCGCCGGUGGGGAGUCUCGUGGCUUACUUCCCGCAGGGGCACAGCGAGCAGGUAGCAGCAUCUAUGCAAAAAGAUAUUGAUGCUCAUUUUCCAAAUUAUCCAAACCUGCCCUCCAAACUUAUUUGCCUUCUUCACAAUGUUACUCUACAUGCGGAUACAGAAACAGAUGAAGUUUAUGCACAAAUGACCCUUCAGCCAGUCAAUUCAUACGAUGAGAAAACACUGCUGACAACAGAUCUUGCAUUGAAAACAAGCAAACCACAAACAGAAUUUUUCUGUAAAACACUAACCGCUAGUGAUACCAGCACACAUGGAGGGUUUUCAGUGCCCCGUCGCGCUGCAGAGAAGAUAUUUCCUCCUCUUAACUACAUGCAGGACUUCUCAAUGCAGCCACCAGCUCAAGAACUGCAGGCAAGAGACUUGCAUGACAGUAUUUGGACCUUCAGACAUAUCUAUCGAGGUCAACCAAAAAGGCACUUGCUAACAACUGGUUGGAGCCUAUUUGUAAGUGGGAAGAGGCUCCUAGCUGGCGAUUCAGUCUUAUUUAUUAGGGAUGAGAAACAACAACUUCUUUUGGGAAUCAGAAGAGCUAACAGACAACCUACUAAUAUAUCUUCUUCGGUUUUAUCGAGUGAUAGCAUGCACAUCGGGAUUCUCGCAGCUGCAGCUCAUGCAGCAGCAAACAGCAGCCCUUUUACCAUAUUUUAUAAUCCCAGGGCUAGUCCAUCAGAAUUUGUUAUUCCUUUAGCCAAGUACAACAAAGCAGUUUAUGGUCAUCAGCUCUCUCUCGGGAUGCGUUUUCGAAUGAUGUUUGAAACUGAAGAAUCUGGAACAAGAAGGUACAUGGGUACAAUUACAGGUAUCAGCGAUCUUGAUCCUUUAAGGUGGAAAAACUCGCAGUGGCGCAACUUGCAGGUAGGAUGGGAUGAAUCUGCACCAGGGGAAAGGCGCAACAGGGUGUCUAUAUGGGAGAUUGAACCUGUGGCAGCCCCUUUCUUCAUAUGCCCCCCACCGUUUUUCAGGACAAAGCGUCCAAGACAACCAGGAAUGCCAGAUGAUGAGUCAUCGGAGAUGGAGACUCUAUUUAAAAGGGCAAUGCCCUGGCUUGGUGAGGAGAUUUGUAUAAAGGAUGCUCAGUCUCAAAAUACAGUAAUGCCUGGUUUGAGCUUAGCUCAGUGGAUGAGCAUGCAACAGAAUCCAUUGUUGGGCAACUCAGCUAUUCAGUCUGAUUAUUUGCGCUCUCUGACUAAUCCUAUUAUUCAGAAUCUUGGUGCUGCUGACAUUUCAAGGCAGUUGGGUUUGCAAGCUCAGCUUUUGCAGCAGAAUAAUAUGCAGUUCAAUUCUCCCAGGCUACCUCAACAAGCCCAACAGGUUGACACACUUCCAAAGAUACAAUCCCCACUGAAUCAAUUGAGUUCUGUUUCUCAGGCUCAGCAACCGAUGCAAGAUAUUUCUAUGCAGCAGAGGCAGCAAUUUAUCAAUCAAACAGUCUCCCUCAGCCAGACCCAGACUCCACAACAGCAGCAACCUUCAUUGUUGCAGAAUAAUCUCACUCAAUCCCAAAUUAUGGUACAAAAUCAAAUCCCCCAACAACAGUCACUGAUGCAGAAUCAACAUGUGAUGCAGGCCAACCUUGUAAAUAAUCAUUCCCAGCAGCAUCAACAGCUACUUCUGCAUCAGCAGCAGAUGCAGCAACAAAAUCAGCAACAGCAGCAGAUGCAACACCAAAAUCAGCAACAGCAGCAGUUGCAACACCAAAAUCAGCAACAGCAGCAACUGAUUCCGCAGAACCGAAUGCCCGUUCAGGCAUCUAAUCAAACAAAUCAGUUGCAUUUAUCUGAACAUCAGUUACAAUUGCAGUUGUUACAAAAGCUCCAGCAGCAGCAACAGCAACAGCUACAACAGCAAUCACUUUUGUCUCAAUCUUUGCUUCAACAAUCCCAACUACCACAAAUCCAAGAGCAGCAAAUAACACUUCUUGAAGCAUCACAGCAUCCAGCAUAUUCAAAUCCAUCUUCUCAGCAGCCACAGAGUAGCCCUCAGCAAUGUGGUAAAGUUGCAUCCAUGAAUGUAAGAUUGCCACAAUCCUCACAACUGCUGCAGCAAAAGCUUCAGCAGCAACAAACGCCUCUUGCUGAGCUGCCUAUGGGUGUACUUCCUGCUCCAUCAACCAAUGUUCUCUCAACGGCUAAUUUGUUGGCCGCUGGAGGAACUCAUACAGUCCUUACAGAUGAUGCUCCUUCUUGUUCCACAUCACCUUCCACAAAUAACAGUGCAAUACUUCCUCAGCCUGUUUUUAACAGGAUAUCUCACCACAACAUGGUUGCAACGGAGAAGGUUUCUCCAUCACCAGUGACAAUUUUAAAUCCCUGCUCUUUAGAAGCUCUGGCGGCAAGCACCAAAUUAGUUAAAGAUAUUCCAAAAUUAGAACAAAAUGUGAAGCCAUCUGUGCCAAUCCCAAAACUGCAAGGUCAGGGAGUUGCACCACAAGUUUAUUUGAACAACUCUGCUCAGAUGGACUAUUUGGAUUCCUCUUCUUCAGCAACUUCAGCUUGCCUUUCACAAAACGAUGGGUCUUUGCAGCAAACCCUCCCACUUUCUUCUUUCAAUCAACCUUCAUUGUUCAGAAGCACAUUAACAGAUAGUGAUGUCCAAGGAACUGAUCUGAGGAAUAAUACCCUUUUUGGAGUUAACAUAGAUGUCCCGCUAGGAGUACCUUUAACUAAUGAUACCUUGCUUGCAAAUAGUCUUGAUUCAGGAAAAUACCAAAACCAAUUAACGGGUAAUCCAAUUACCAACUAUACUACCUCAAAGGAUGCACAACAGGAGUUGUCAUCAUCAAUGGUUUCUCAGUCUUUUGGAGUUCCUGAUAUGGCUUUUAAUUCUAUCGAUUCAAGUUUAACUGAGAGCAGUCUCUUGAAUAGAAAUUCCUGGGGACCAACUACUCAGUUCCAACGAAUGCGCACUUUUACCAAGGUUUACAAGCGUGGUGCUGUGGGUAGAUCUCUUGAUAUAACCAGAUACUCUGGAUAUGAUGAACUGAAACGUGAUUUAGCAAGAAUGUUCAGCAUUGAAGGACAGUUGGAAGAACGGCAGAGGAUUGGAUGGAAGCUAGUUUAUGUUGAUCAUGAGAAUGAUGUUCUGCUUGUGGGAGAUGACCCUUGGGAGGAGUUUGUGAACUGUGUGAGGUACAUCAGGAUUCUCUCUCCCCAAGAAGUUCAACAGAUGAGUUUGGAUGGUGAUCUGGGUAAUGGCAUCCUACCACAUCAAGCUUGCAGUAGUUCUGAUGGUGGAAAUGCAUGGAGAGGUCAGUGUGACCAAAAUUCAGGGAAUCCUUCUACUGGAUCCUAUGAUCAUUUGGAAUGACACCCAUGGAGUUAAUUGGGCAAAAGUUUGUCCAUUACAUAAGCUUGUUUCACUGUUUUCCUUAUUUGUGAUUAUAGUUUUGAGAAUGACCAGAAGCUGGCAAUCCAGACCUCAUUCACCUUUGUAAAUUAGAAGAAGGUAAAGCAGGAAUUGAAGGAAGAAAAGCUUGUUCUUUUUUUAUCAAGAGCACAUAGACAUUGAAGAAGCUAAGGUCGAAAGCUCAGCCCCCAUUGAUGUUAUUGAUUCUCCUAUUUAAGAUGGAUUUGUUUUGGAUGUCUGCAAGCAGAAAGUCUUCAGUUUUUCCUGCUGUGCAUAUGUUAUUGUCAUUAGUCAAAAGUUGUUAAGGAUUGAGUUCCACUUGAAGAUAUAAAGACUUAAUUAGAGUAUGUUAUAUGCAGUGAUUGGUGCCUAAAUUUUAUGUAAAAGUUAGCAGCUUACAGAUUUCUAUUUUGAUUCCUGCUCACUGAUGAUGACAGUAUAUAACAGCAAUAAUUACAGCAA